AUGGUAUUAUAUAUUCAAAUCAUAUUAGCUUUAAGGUUGUUACUUUAAUGUACUUCCAGUUCUUUUAAAAGGAGUUUUAGGUAAGACAGAUAAUUAAAAAUCAUUUAUGAUGUUUUUUUUUGGAGGCAUCGGGUCUCUAUUAGGAGGGUUUUUUAGUGGUAGAAUUGGACAUUGGACUAAUUUAUUUAAUGUUGGAUGGUUUUAAAAUUUAUUGGUAUGCAUAUUUUGUGUUUAAUCUUUAUAUGCAUAUAAUGAAAAAAUUUUAGUCAUGACAUAUACAAGUGGAUUUAAUUUAGGAUUAACAUAUUCUGGUUUAGAAGCAUUACAUGCAAUGAUGAUUGCAAAAUUAAUAAAUAAAGAAAAUUUUUAUUAUGUUGCCAAUAGUGCUGUUAAUGUAUGAUUAUUUUUAUAAAAAUUAGAGUCUUGCUUCAACUCUUUUAUCAAUAGUUUUUAUAUUUCUAAGUAAAACUACAUUUAUGUAUUAUUUUUACUUUAUGCUAUUAUUAAUUAUUCUGAAUAUCAUAUUUCUAUUUACAUCUUAGAAAAAGUUCUAAAAUAUUAGAUAAUUAACCCUUAUUAAUACAGAACAAACCGAUUCCCUCACAAAAGAGUGA